GUAUGUGUAUGUAUAUUUAUAUAGAGAGGAGUAAUUCACUUAUUUUUAUUUUCAAGCUGAUUCUUUAUCUGUAUUUAUAAAGUGUCCAAAACAGUAACACAAAUGACACUGUAGCUACAGUGUAUUAAGCGAACGGAGGCUUUUACUUCCGUCACACACAUAUGACGUCAUCCGCCAGAUGAAUUUGGCGCGCGCGAGUUGAGCAGCUGAGCGUCGUUAAAAUGGCCAUAGCGAUUUAUCUGGAACAUUAUCUGGAUAACUGUAGUUUGACGUCACUUCCUGUCUGAAGGUCUCGAGGGUCUUCCCUUCGAGCUGCAGCGGAAUUUCUCACUGAUGACUGAUUUGGACAACAGAACUGAAGAGAAGAAAGUGGAGAUCGAUGAUCUGGUGUCUGAGUACAUGGAGUGUGUGAGGAACCUGUCAGCUGAGGACCGGGUGGAGCUUCUAAAGAGGAUCAAUGGAGCCUACAGCAAGUGUCUAGAGUUCAGUGAUGACAAAGUGCAGCUUGCCAUGCAGAUAUACGAGCUGGUGGAUAAACACAUACGGCGUCUGGAUGCUGAUCUAGCACGCUUUGAGAACGAACUGAAGGACAAGCUGGAAUGGAGCGGCCUCGAGAGCUCAGACGACAAGAAGAGCAAAAAGAAGAAGAACCUGAAGGACAGAAGAGGAGGAAGUGGGAGAGAAAAGAGCGGUUCUGGUCACGACUCUCCCAAACACAAAGCACAGAAGAACACUGAUGUUCUGCUGGAUGUUCAAUCGUCUGAUGUUCUCGACAUGCCUGUGGACCCCAACGAGCCCACGUACUGUCUGUGUGCUCAGGUCUCAUACGGAGAGAUGAUCGGCUGUGACAAUGCUGAUUGUCCCAUUGAGUGGUUUCACUUCGCUUGUGUCUGUCUGACGACUAAACCCAAAGGGAAAUGGUUUUGUCCUCGCUGCAUACAAGACCUGAAGAAAUGACGCCUGUGUUAUUGUUCCUGCACUUUAAUCAGUCCUUGUGAUUUAUUGGCUUCCCAAAAUAAAGUAUUGUUUACUGCAGCUUAUGCACUGUUUGUACUGGGGAAUUCUUCAUCUUUAGUGAUGUUCUCCUUAAAUCUGUAUUUUAUGAUUAAAGUUCUUUAAAAUGA